AUGAGCACCUCACCCAGCGACGGCACCGUCGACGUCGACCUUCCCGACGCGCCCACCGCGCCCUUCCCCCUCCACAGCGACACUCACACCGCCAACCAUGUCGAAAACGACGAAGACGAUGACCCCAUAACCGCAUCGUACCCCGUGUUCCUCAACCCUGCGCUGCCGCUGGGCCGGCGUCUGCUGGUGCUGCAGCAUCCGAACCGGACCGACGACCACGGCGCGCGAGCGCCGCCAUCGGAGCUGCGGCUCAAGGCCGAGUCGGGCAUGGUCGAGGUGGACAUGCCGCUCGACUACAACGAGGCGUACGACCGCGACAAGGGUCUGCGCUGGGGCCGCACCCUGCAGACGUCGAUGGCGGCCAAGAAUGGCGGCAGCCACGGCCUCGCAGGCGGCUUCGGCUUCGGCGCCGUGCAGCAGCGCGGUGCGGGUGCGGGUGCUGGUGGUGCGAGAAAAAGAAACGAGGUGGACGCCGAGGACCUGAUUGACUGGAACGAGGCGGUCCGGCAAGACAAGGUCCUCAGAACGCAGACCCUGGGCGGGCAGUACCCGGACGCGGACGAAGUACAGUACAUGGUUGGCGUGUUUCAAGGCAAUGACCUGCACCUGACGCCCGUCUCGUCCCUCGUGCACCUCCGUCCGCAGCUGCACCACCUCGACGCCGCGACGCAGCAGGAGCGCCAGGCCGCGGCCAAGGAGGCCGGUGCCGCCGCCGCCUCCAGUUCCGGUGGCGCCACCGCCGGCCCCGGCGCCACAGGCAACCCCGCCGCGCGCGCCAUCCACAUGAGCAUCAAGACGACGGCGGACGGCGAGACGGUCACGACGGAGACUAUUGCCGACCGCCUGCGGUUCGUCCAAGGCGAGGCCUGGCGCAAGCUACGCUAUACGGACGAGAACGAAGAGGCCGCGUGGGAGGUGUACAACGAGAGCCUCUUCCUGAGCGCCUCCGAAGCACGAGCACCACCACCGGGUAGCGAGAAGAAGAAGAAGACGGGCAGCAACGAAGAGGAACUGCCGUACCGGUCGUUGCAAGGCGCCGUGGCCACGUUUGCGUCCAAGUGGGAGAGUGGCCAGCUUCUCGAGGCCGUCAGCGGCAUGAAGAAGCCGCCGCCCGUCGUCGUCGUGCCCGCGGCGGUCAAAAAGGCAAAGGCGGCGGCCGAGGCAGAGGCCAAGGCCAAGGAUGUCGAGGAGAAGAGGAAGGCGGCCGAGGCGCAGAUGGCGGCGACGGCGACGGCAGCAGCGGCGGCGGAAGAGACGAGGCGGCCCAAGAGAGCUCCUAGAGGAGGCGGCGGGCUCGGCACGGCUAAGCGUCCAAGUAGGGCAAAGUAA